AUGGCUCCUUGUCAGGGACAUGACGAGGCGCCUCGCUCCGGCCCGGCCCUCGUCGUGGGCGCCACCGGCUACAUCGGCCGUUUCGUCGCCGAGGCCUGCCUCGACAGCGGCCGCAGAACCUUCAUCCUCGUCCGCCCCGGCAACGUCUCCCCCGCGCGGGCGGCCUCCGUGGACGCGCUCCGCCACAAGGGCGCCGUCAUUGUCGAGGGUCGCGUCGGCGGGAAAGACGGGAGGAAGUUCGUGGAGACGGUGCUCCGCGCGCACGGCAUUGAGGUGGUGAUCUCGGUCAUGGGCGGCGCCAACAUCCUCGACCAGCUCGGCCUCAUCAAGGCCAUCCAGGCUGCCGGCACCGUCAAGAGGUUUCUGCCGUCGGAGUUCGGGCACGACGUGGACAGGGCGCGGCCGGUUGGGGCUGGACUGGCGUUCUACGAGGAGAAGCGCCGCGUCCGGAGGGUGGCGGAGGCGGCGGGCGUGCCGUACACCUACAUCUGCUGCAACUCCAUCGCCGGCUGGCCCUACUUCGACAACACGCACCCAUCGGAGGUGCCGCCGCCGCUCGACCGCUUCCAGAUCUACGGCGACGGCACCGUCAGAGCUUUCUUCGUGGCUGGAGCCGACAUCGGUAAGUUCACGGUGAAGGCUGCUUACGACGCCCGGAGCAUGAACAAGGUCGUUCACUUCCGCCCUGCCUGUAAUCUCCUGAGCACCAACGAGAUGGCCUGCCUGUGGGAGAGCAAGAUCGGCCGGACCCUGCCGCGUGUCACGCUUAGCAAGGAGGACCUGCUCGCCAUGGCUGCAGAGGACAUCAUCCCGGCGAGCAUAGUCGCGUCGCUGACGCACGACAUCUUCAUAAACGGCUGCCAGACAAAUUACGGCAUCGAUGGGUUGAGGGACGUUGAGAUAUCCAGCCUUUACCCUGACAUGCCAUUCAGGACCAUCGAUGAGUGCUUCGACGACUACGUUCGUGCACUUGACCUGGAGGAGGAAGAAGCUACGGAGAACAAGAAAAGCAAUCCGCCCAUGGUGGAGAUAUUGGCAGUUCAUCCUAUGUGUGCUUAG